CUUAAGUUGCAUCGCUCCUCUCGUGUGUCGUCCCGACCCGACGACGAUCACCCCGACCCCCGACAAUGAUCAGGCCAUGAUACGGACCGGUCGGCUACGAAAAAGUUUCGCGCCCAUGGGUGAUUAUGCAUUGCGCCACCGUGCGUGACCAACGCUCUGGAUCCUAAAUAAAACGUUCAACGCAAUCCACCAGCGUCAUGAAACACAGCAGUCCUCUCUCAGACACAUUGGAUCUGAGUUCGCAUCAUCCGCAUCAUCAUCAUUAUCAUCAUAACAAUAACAACAACAACAACAAUUCGAACGGCAUCGCUAGCUCCACUACAUCCGGUGGUUUGCAAGAAAUCGUGAUGAAAGAAAAAAGCAAAAACGCAGCGCGGUCGCGCCGCGUUAAGGAGAAUCAGGAAUUUUUGGAGCUGGCGAAGCUGCUACCACUUCCAGCUGCCAUUACUACACAACUGGACAAGGCCAGCAUCAUCAGACUGACCACAAGUUAUCUCAAGAUGAGAGCCGUCUUUCCUCAUGGUAACGAAUAUGCCCAUUUGGUAAAUCUUGCUUUUAUUUGUUAUAAUCGAGUUUUUUUAUAUUAUCAAAUCGAAUCAAUAUAUAGAAUAAUGAUUGUCAUACACUGUUCCGGCUAUUUAAAAUGCAUCGUGGAGGCUCCCAUCGGAUCCGAAUAUGAGGACGGCGUCGGACGAUGCAUCCGUAAUGUCGGUUUAAUGGCGGUCGGCCACUCGCUGCCGACGAGUUCCAUAACCGAGAUUAAAUUGCAUCACAACAUGUUCAUGUUCCGAGCUUCGCUCGAUCUGAAGCUCAUAUUCCUCGAUGCAAGAGUCGCUCAAUUAACAGGCUACGAUCCACCGGACCUAAUUGAGAAAACGUUAUACCACUACGUGCACACAUGCGACGUUCUGCAGCUGCGACAUGCUCAUCAUGUUUUGUUGCGCAAAGGUCAGGUGACAACGAGGUACUACAGGUUUCUAACAAAAACUAGCGGUUGGGUGUGGAUGCAGUCGUACGUGACGAUUGUGCACAAUUCACGAAGCUCGCGUCCGCACUGCAUCGUGUCCGUCAACUACGUCUUGACGGCCACCGAGAGCACGGGCCUUAUCCUGAACUGCGAACAAAAGUCGUCCUGCUCGAGUCCAGGAAAUCCACCGAGCGCUCCAGUGUCGACGAUUGGUGAUCUGGACAAUCACAGCCCAAGCCCGCCUUCUUACCGCAGUAGGACCAAGGAACCACCCGAUACCGAUUACGCCGACAGUUCCGGUUACCCAAACUCGGAGUACAUGGCAAGUUCGACCAAUCACAACCACUACCUGUCAUCCUCGCCAUAUGCGCCGCAUAGUAUCAAUGGUGCGGCGCACGAGGACAGCGCUUACUACAGUCCGGAUUUAUUCUACCAGUACAAUGACCUCCACCAAGACCCCGUAAACACCCUGCAGCACCAACAAGACACGCACCAACAGCACCUUCUGCAUCACGCCACGUCCCUGACUAUUCAGCAGCACAGCCCGCAGAACAACCAGCAGAAACGACAGCAUCCUCAGCAGCAUCUGCUGCAUCAGAGUGCGACCUCUUUGACGACCCUCGAGCAGCAACAGCAACAGCAGCACAGCCCUCAGAGCGGCCAACAGAAGCGACCUUACUCGACAUCCUCGAGCUCCUGCGGUAGCACCGACGGUCUGGACGUGCACUUGACGAAUUCCCUACUGCCGUCAGGAUACCACACAUCCCAUCAUCAUCACCAUAUGCCGCCGGACUCGACAUCGUCGACGACGUUGAACGAGGCUGGAGGCGUAAUCAUGUACCCGACCUGCGGUUUCAACAACAACGAGAGCUAUAACGCCGCGGCGCUUCAGCACCACGACGGUUACCAGCAGAAUCACCCUCAGGUUCACCACAGCAACGGCAACGGAACGGUGAAGCAUCCUCAUCACCAUCAUUUGGAGGCCUCGUCGGCCGGCUACACUAGCGUCAUCGUCGACUCUCAACAGUACAGUCCCAGCACCGUUCCCCAAGAGCUACACGCGCAUCAGACGGCACCGGUGAGCGGCGGUACGCCGCCGCUGCACCAUCAGCCUCAUUACGAGACGCAUCAUCAGUUUGUUCACUGACAUCAAUUCGAGGUGCCCUGCGCGUAGCACUUCGACGCGGCUUGCGACGAUGGCGCGUGCGGGCAUCAUCAUCAUCAUCACCGUCAUCAUCAUCAACAACAGCAGCGUCAUUGCGCAACGUCGGAAUGUGCUGGAGAGCAAUACGCUGGGCAUCAGAUGAACAAUGAAUCGUACAACCCAACUGAGUCUCACGUCACCUACGUCACGCCCUACAAACGACUAUGGAAGAUAGAGGAACGGAGUGUCUCGACCGUAAAAGAUGCUUCACAAAAUUUCACGUAGAGAAAAAGGAUGAGUUGCGGCAAAACCGGCGUUCCAUUUGUGAGCUAAGCUUUGGGAAACACGUAACUGACUCUGGUCAUAAUUCUAUAUCGUUUUUACUCGUAUUAUCACGUUAUCGCAGUAGAAUCUCAAUGAUAGCGACGUUGACGACUGCAGUGGCGGUGAAAGCGAAUCUGUUUGAUUUCAACAUUCUAUCGCAGCUUUAAUAAAUACUACUGGAAUAAAAAUUCAAGAAAAAAUACAAAAUAAAAUAAUGAAUAUAGUACUAUUAUCGUUAUUUUUUCAUGGAUAAUUCAAAUGACAACUAUAAAAGCUCGAUGGAAUCAAUUCCGAUUGCAUUGUAACGAUAUGAACAAUGCUUCCAACAGCGAUUCGAACAUCAAUGCGACUUCGAUGAAUACAAUAUAAGAAAGUAGACAUGUCAGUGUAGUAUAAUUACUAUUAAACGCGGAUAACGCUAGCCGAGUCACUGUGAAUAAAAUUAAUGUGGAUGAAGUUUAAGAUAUUAAUGACUUGAAGAGGCUCAACUCCUUUGUACGUACUUUGUAUCACAUAUCUCGAGAUGAGACAAUAAUGAUUCGCGAUGUUUUAAUCCAGCUCCACUUAAGUACUUCACAAUAGUGAUCGUCGGGAGCACCGCGUAGGAAGGAGUUAAGAAUAUUUUACACGCGCUGGACGCGAAUUUCGUGAAGGCUCCACGAGGAGUAAUUCGACGAAAAUACCGGACGUGAAAUAUUAAUUAAUAUUCGAACGUUUGAAUUUGAAAGCCAUAUAUGAAAAAUUGAAAGCAAGAGCAAAAGAUAUAUGUAUAUUGAUUUUCACAAACCUCUUAAGAUAUCGUGAAAUGGAAUAUAAGAAUUCUAUAUAAAGUUUAUUUAUAUUAGAAAAUAUAAUUCUAAAUAAAUUUUAAUAUAUGUAUAGUAAAUUGAUAUAUCGAAUGUUUCAAAAUUCGCGCAGUGGAAUACACAGUGCGAUUAUCUGUGUUAGAAGAAGCAACAUUUUCCUCGGGCAAAAUUGCAUCUGAGUUUUUAAGUCAGUUCGCAAUUUUACCGCAAGAAAAGGCUUAUACUUCUUCUGACACAGAGAACCACACUGUGCAUUCCGUGUACGCGGAUUCGGGGCACUCUGUAUAUUGAAGUUAAUGUACAUUGAAUAUAUAAAGUCCUAAAUAAAUUUUUGUUCCACUGACGGGUUAUAUCAUCAAAAAGGUUUGAUAAAAAAAUAUAGCAAAAUUAAAUGGUUUUAGCUGUUCUAAUUUUUCGCAUUAUUAUUACGCAUUUAUGCGCGUGCAUGCAAAAAUUGCAUUUUUUUCUUAAAAACAAAACAGAUAAAUAAUAUUUUAUAAAUUUUAAAUUAAAAUAACGCUUAACUUAAUAAUUUUUAUGGAAAUAUUGUAAUGCUUUUUUUAUAAGGAAUAAAGAAUUGCGUCGAAUAAUGUUUUAAAAAACACAAAGUUUCAAAGGCACAAAGUCAGAAUAGCUGAAAUUAUUCAAUUUUAUCUUACAUCUUCCUUCCAUAUCUCAAGCCGUUUUGGCGAUAUAACCCGUCAAAAUUUUCUGUGAAAAAUUUUGUAAAUAAAUUUUGUAUAAUUUUAUAUUAGUCAUUUUCAUCCUUUCAAUUUUUGCAAGCGUUGAAAUAAGGUAUUCUAAUAUUAAACAAUAUACUAAUCAGGCUAUUAUGCGUUGUUGUUGUACCAUUAAUGCGAGAUCUUUUCUCGAAUGUAAAUACUGUAGACGUGUAAAUUAUUCUAAUUAAUUAAAAUUAAUUGUAUAUAUAGUAGCACUUAUGUCGAUCCGCGAAGACUGACCGGUGCUUGUGCCAAUCGACCAAAGAAAUUUACGCUCUUUUUAUCGAAGAAUUAGUAUUAUAUUUUUAAUCGCGCUUAUAUUUAAGUACGAGUAUCCAAUAAAGAUAGAAGAGCGAGUACUGUAAAUGUAUCUAAACGCGUAGCGCAAAAUCCAAUACUUUUUAACCGCCGCGAGAUAUUUUAUUACAGAUAGAAAUUAUUACAUCAUAGACUAUGCUGUAUAAUAUAAAACGACGCGCAUGUAUAAUCGGCAUCAAAAAAGAAAACCCGAAACCUAUAAUUGUUCUUUUAAUAAUAUCUCUCUCGGAACGCGAGAAAAAAAAGUCUCGACCAUUUUAACGCCGACUAUACAUAUGUCACAAUGCAGGCCUGAUUAUUUAUAUCAAUGUAAAGUGUGUGAGAUUUCGUAUAGCGAGAAUCACGGCAAUGUCCGUGUCAAGCAUUGUACAUAUUGUAAAAGUGUAGCACUACAUACGUACAUACAAGAAAGUAUAUCAUAUUUUCCUCUGAAAAA